GGCGAGAGUUCAGGGAAUUCGGACCCUCCAUUUUUUAAAACACAAACCGAGCGCGGGUAUAAAAUCUCUGACUUGACGCAGUCCCAGCAUCAGUAGUCCGUCAAAACCGGACAGUAUCGCUUCUGAGAUUUAUAAUAAAGAAAACUCACGAAAAUGAAGAUUUUCUGCUUCGUUCUCCUAAUCGCUUGCAUCGUGGCUACCGUCACAGGGGGAAGGUACACCAACAAAUACGACAAUGUUGACUUGGAUGUGGUUUUGAAGAGCGACCGACUUCUCCUUAAUUACGUCAACUGCCUUCUGGAUAAGGGUAACUGCACACCCGAUGGAAAGGAGUUGAAAGUCGCACUCCCUGACGCUCUGGCAACCGACUGUCGCGAUUGUAGCGAUAAACAUAAAGCCGGAUCGGAGAAGGUGAUCCGGUUCUUGGUUAAUAAGCGUCCCGAUCUUUGGUCUAAAUUGGCCGAGAAAUACGACCCUAACAAUCAGUACAGAUCGAAAUUCGAGGAUGUAGCGAAAAAGGCUGGAAUCAAAAUUUGAAUUGAUCAUCGCGUGCAUUAUAAGUGAAUUAAUUCAGCACAUUUCUAUUUAAUAUGUGAAAUAUUUUAAAUUGUGUACAAAAAUUGUUAAAUACAUUUAUAUAGUAUGUA